AUGGUUUUCACCAAACUUGUCAUCGCCGGAAGCCGUGGCUACGUCGCUGACCAUGCCAUCCGCGCCAUCGUGGCUUGUACAGAGCCAGUUUUUGAUGUUACCAUCUUGACCCGAAUCAAGGUCGGCGGUGAAUCUGUCUCCAUUCCGGGAGCAAAGAUCAUCCCCGUGGACUAUUUCGAUCAUAAUGAGCUUGUAAAAGCUGUGAACGGGGCCGACGCGAUUCUGUCCUUCCUCUCCGGCUUUGCGUCGAAAAUAAUCGACAAACUGCUCCUCAAAGCCGCGCAGCAGGCUGGCGUGCGUCGCAUAUUCCCAUCCGAGUAUUCUGGAGACAUUUUACACCCGGAAGCUGUUAAGCUGUUGACGGAAGGUGGCAACUGGCCUGAAGACAGCUCGCCUGUGCUGACGGCCCGAAAAUUCCUAUCUCUGGCUGAAGAUGGCGGACCUACAAGCUUCACGACACUCGUACCUGGUGCAUUUAUGGAUCCAUGGUUGGAAGGCGCUUUCGGCAUCUUUGACCCACGACAUCGAAAAGUGACAUUCGUGGAGGGCGGAGAAAACUACUUUUCGGGAUGUUCUCUUCCAUUUCUGGCAGAUGCCAUCGUUGCGGUGCUUCAAAUGGACGAGAGCAAGACGGAAAACAAGCGAAUUCCCACUGCGGAAGUUCGGGCCACCGUGAACGAUAUUGCGGACAUGUAUGAGGAGAUCUUGGGUGAGAAGUUUGAGAGAAUCCAGGUCGCGUCACGAGAUCUGAUUGACCAGCGCAAUGCCAAUCUGCAAGCUGGCAAGCCUGCCGAAGCACUCGCACUGAUGAUUCACCUGGCCGCUCUCAACGGGAGUGGGGCAGCCGAUCUCGUUGACGGGUUGAAUUUCGACGGCGACGGUCUUUUGCGUACGCAGAGGAAGACUCUGAGACAGCUCACCAUUGAAGCUUUACGAAUAAUCGGAAUGACCUCAAAGGAUUCGUAG